CGGCCACGCGCGGCUGCGUCACUCCGGAGCUGCUGCUGCUGCCAUCCGCGCGGAAGGGGAGGCGCUGGGCUCGGGAGGCAGAGCGGCGGCGGAGCUCGCGAGAAGCCGGCGCGGCAGCGGAGAACGAGGCGAGGGCCGAGCAGGCUCCUCUUCUUCGCGAGGGAAGGAUGGUGAAGCUGGGCGGCCCUUUUGGCGAGAAGCGCGGCAAGCCGGCCCCGGCGGAGGACGGCUUCGAUACCAUCCCGCUGAUCACCCCGCUGGACGUCGGCCAGCUCCAGUUCCCCCCGCCGGACAAGGUGGUGGUGAAGACAAAAACGGAAUAUGAACCCGAUCGAAAGAAAGGGAAAUUUCGUUCUCCCCGAAUUGCAGAAUUCACAGUCAGUAUCACUCAAGGCAUCUCAGAACGUUUUAAGGCGACCGCCCUGAUCCUGUUUGCCCUCGCGUUCCUUACCUGCGUUGGCUUUCUUGUGGUCUACAAGGUCUAUAAGUACGACCAAGCCUGCCCAGAAGGUUUCGUCUUCAAGAACAAUCAAUGCAUUCCGGCUGGAUUAGAGAGCUACUAUUCUGAACAAGACUCUAGCGCUCGAGGAAAGUUCUACACAGUGAUCAACCACUACAACCUGGCCAAGCAGACCAUCACCCGGUCAGUUUCUCCAUGGAUGACGGUGCUUUCGGAAGAAAAACUUUCUGAGCAGGAGACUGAGGCAGCUGAGAAACCUGUUUAGGAGGAGGAGUCUGAUGGAGAAUGGUUCAAAGAUGUUUGCAGCGGUGAAGAGGAAAAGAAAUGAAGGAUUCCGAUCACCCUACUUGCAAUAAAAACCUCUUCUAAAA